GACGCUGUCAAAUUUAUUGAUUGACUGAAGGUAACCUAGACCGAGAUAUUUUGGAUAUUCCUCAUUUAUUUCUAUAAUUUGUUUAUAAUUUUUGAAGGUUGUAUUUGAUAGGUAAACAUCGAAAUUUCCAUCCAGAGAAUAUAUAUAAUAUAACCUUACUUAUAAUUUUUAUUGUGGGCUUAUAAUAUUUAGGUGUGCUCUCAAUAAUGCCUCAAUCAGAUUUCUGGCCAUUUUCUACUAAAAAUAAGGCUGUAGCCGCCGAUUCUACUGGGCAGCCCUCAGUUUUACAAAAGCAGUUGGGAGAUAUGGAAGGUGAGGUGAAAGAAAUGCAAAUGGAAUUGGCAGCGAUCAAACGUAAUCGAGUUGAUUUGCAAAACCGAACAACUAACGAUUUCCUGUACCCGGAUUCUCCUGAUUUGAUGACAGAACAAGAAAAAAAGGAGGAACACAGAAUGCAAAAGGAGCAUUUUUAUUGCUACCCUCACGAAUUGAACGAGAUUGCAAAAUUGAAAGCGGAACUCAUAAAAGCAAAGAAUAUAACUGAUGAGGAAAGAUUUCAAAGAGAAAAAUAUGAAGCUAAGCUGAAAGAUUUAGAAUUGAAAUUGAAUAUGUUAUGUGGAGGCGAAUCGAUAACACAGUACAAGGACACGCGUAAAGAGUCUGACCAAGAGGUUGUCGUCGCUAUGAAACAGCAAAUGAGGGACAUGAAAGAGGAGAUGGAAGAAAUGAAGAUGACAGUUGUUGAGAAAUCUGAGCAGCUACAGGAAUACCGUGUGAAGUAUCUUCAAGCACAACAGCAAGUUGAAGAACUGAAACGACAAAUGGAUGUUGUUGAAUAUGAUAAUAAACAAGUAUCUGACCAAAUUCAAAUAGAAAUUCAGAAAAUGAAGAUGCAAUUCCAAGAAAAGCUGCAAGAGUUGGCACCUUUGCCCGACUUGCUGAAAGGAGCGCAGUUCCAACUUCAAGAGGCCAAACAGCUCCAGCAUCUUGCCGAAGAUAGCUCACAGCAGCUCUCCAACGAACUUCACAGGGUCAAGGAAAAGUUGGUUGAAGCAGUGAAUAAUUUCAACCAAGAGAAGGCAGACAGAUUGAAGUAUAUGGAUGAAAACAAAACUUUGAAAACUACCGUAGAUGAACAGAAAAUAGAUUUGGACUUAUUGCAUAAACAAGCUGACGACUAUAAAUGCCAAGUGUUACGGUUGGAAGAAAAGUUAGACCUUUUGGAGAACAGGUACAAAGAGAAAACUGCGGAAUGCGCCCAGCUGCUAAAGGACCUCGACGAAAUGAGACUCGAGAACAGUCGCGCAGUGGGUCGGUACAAGGAGAGGUCAGACUCUAUGAGGAGAUACCUGCAGACACAGAUCUCGGAGCUGGAGAGGCAGUUGAUACAGAGUCGAGCGCAGUGCAGAGCUUGCCAAAAGGAAAGGGAUGAUGUACGCCAACGAAUGCAGAUUCAAAUAAACAGUCUGCAAGAGAAUUUUGAGUUGGUGGAAAUCAGACUGAACGCGCUGAAAAACCAGGUGACGUCACUCAAGAGCAGCUACACUAUAAUUCUGGCCGAGGAGGAAGAAAGCUCCGACUUCAACAAGAUCACUACCACUUGACUUUAUUUUUCCUUUCUUGCCUAAUGGUAAUAAAUAUUGGUAUUUUCUUAAAUGCUGUUUGAUAACUCUU